GAAAGUGGCUUUGUACUCCUGAUUAGACAGUUUAUUCCUAGGUAUUGCAAAAAAAUUAAGUUCGGAUCGCAAGAAAGCUCUCAAUCAGAAGUGGUGUCGAGCAUGCCUUGGCUUUGGCAGUGUUCAUCGGGCCUAGAACCCUCAGCGCCGGGCCGUUGGGGAGCUUGAAUGCAGUGGGGACUGCCCGUCAACAUGCAUUCCAAAAAGUGCAUGGUUGGCUGGAGUUGCAAGAUGGUGGGGUUGUCAGCACUCACGAACUCCUCGUGAAUUAGCCCAAAUGAUUCAAAUCGCAUCCAUCACCGCGCCAAGAAGCUAAAAGCCCACCCGUGGGCACUAAAACAUCAGGGGUCCAAUCACUGAAUCGGUCCCUGCAAGAAAAUUAUGAAUCAUUCUGGAUGCAUCUUUGGUCGACGCUGACGCCCAAGUCCUUUUACAAGACCAUAAAAACAUCACGACCACGCUGACAACUUGCAUCAGCCUUCAACUUGAUACAAGCAGCCACGCGCAUUCACCUCGCAGCGAUAACCAUCAGCAACAAUGGCGCCUGUGACAACCUCGGACCAGCUCGGGGCCGCUGCCUUUGAGCACCUGGACGACACAUUUGGCUCCUUCCCCAUGAUCAGGCGCUACACGCCCAUCUGUCUCUUGUUUUCGCUUCCGGAAGAUGUCCCUUCCAUCCAGACCGAGGUUGAGCAGCAUCUCAGGCGCGCUUUAGCAAAGCUCGCCCGCGAUCUACCCUGGGUAGCCGGUCGCGUCAUCUAUGAAGGCCGGGACGAAACCCACUCGGGUAUCCGCAGGGUCAUACCCCACGCGGACGAGAUCGAGCUAAUUGUCAAAUACAGCACUGCCGAGCUCCCCAGCUUCCAAGAGAUGCAGAUCGCCAACUUCCCCAUGCGGUUUUUGCAAACAGACGUCGUCGUGCCGCCCAUCGCCGUGACGUGGGUGGCCUCUCCCUACGACAACGACAUAAUCGCCCCGGUUCUGGUCCUGCAGGCCAACUUUGUACGCGGCGGACUGGUGUUGACGAUAGCCAGCAACCAUACCACCAUGGACAUGACGGGCCUGGGCAUGCUGAUUGGCUUCUUUGCCAAGGCCUGCCGAGGAGAGGACCUGACAUCGGAUGAGAUAGCCCAAGCGAACCAGGACAGGCGCAACGUCAUUCCACUUCUGGGGGACGAUUACCAACCAGGCCCCGAGCUAGACGACUGCUUCAUACCGCAGAUGCCCCCACCGCCCCCACCAACAACAACACCACCAUCAACAACAACAACAACCGCCACCCCGCCCAAGCCUGCAAAAUGGGCCUACUUCAACUUCCCCCAGCAAGCACUCAAGGACCUCAAACUCGAAGCCAGCAAGCAGACCAUCGUCCCCUACAUCUCCACCGACGACGCCGUCACCGCCCUGUGCUGGCAGCGCACGCAGGCCGCCCGCGCCGCCAAGCUCGGACCAAAGGCAUCCUCGACCCUCGCGCGCCUCCUCAGCAUGCGGCAUCUGCUCGGCCUCUCCGGCCCGGGCAAGUACUACAUGGGCCACCUCGCCGACUGCGGGUACGCGGAGCAGACCGACGUGUUUGCCCUGCCGGUGGGCGACGUGGCCGGCCGGCUGCGGGCGGUGCUGCGCGACGAGGAGGCGCAGCGCCGGCACUUUUGCGCCUUUGCCACCAUGGUGCACCGCCUCGACGACAAGUCGGUGCUGGCCAACGGCGCCAGGCAGGACCCGCACUCCGGGGUCGGCGUCUCGUCGUACGUCAACGUCAAGACGGGCGGCAUGUCGUUUGGCGACGUCCUCGGCAGGCCCGUGGCGACGAGGAGGCCCAUGAUGGCCCCGUGGCCCAGCCUCAUGUACCUGAUGCCGCUGGAUGCCAAGGGCGACAUGGCGGUGGGGUUCUGCUUGGCCGAGGAUGAGAUUGAGACGCUGAGGGGCGAUCAAGUGUUGGGCAGGUAUGCCACCUACGUGGGUUAGGAUUUCCCCAGAGCGCGGUUCAAGAAAAGCAGUGGCUUCUUUAUUAAUACCGCGAGAUGGAACACCUUGCCGCUUGUAUAAUUACAGCCAAACGUGAAUCAUACAAUUAGAGUCGUUCUCGGGUAUCAUUAGCAGUUCAAUAAGCAGUGCGUCAGCACCAGGCGGGAUUCCGUUUCCUCUCUUUGCGAGCCUGGGCCUACCAGCUUUCAAAUCCAGGAAACCACGAGCAGAAUCCAAGUGUUUGUCAUGCUGCAGGGAGAGGAAUGUUUCGUUUGCGCAGAUCGCAUCCUGCAGCGCACACGGCGAAACCCGCGGAGUUCACAGAUUCGUAAUGCAAUGCAUGACUAGGACUCAAGUGUUUGGGUUCAAAAUUAUAUAGUAAGAAAAGGUUAACGCAUGUUUAGGCUAGGGACGAACCACGCAAGUAUAAUCAGUGUCUUGAUUAUUGGGUCAGUUGAGUGACGUCUCGUAGCCGGCCCCGCAAGGGACACCAGUAAUAAACAUCUACCGUCAGUGAGGAAAUGUAAAAACAGUUCAGCG